UUUUUGGUGAGAUCCGAAGGAACAGGAGACGGAGAAGAGAAGCGGCGAGGACGGAGACUCUGCCAUUGGGGGCUGCUGUGUUUGAAAGGAAAACUCUCGCCCAUUUAGGGGUGAGAGAGGAGGAGAAGGGGGGGGGGAGAUAUAUAGAUAUAUAGAUAUAUCUAUACUCACAAUUUUCGGCCGGAUGAAAAUGUUGAACCCUGCAAACGGAGAGCAGCUUCAUUUAGCGAACUAUGUGGAGGAUUACCUGGACUCCAUCGAAUCUCUGCCCUUCGAUCUGCAGAGAAAUGUCUCCCUGAUGAGGGAAAUUGACGCCAAAUAUCAAGAGAUCCUAAAGGAGCUGGAUGAUUAUUACGAAAAAUUCAAACGAGAGACCGAUACAGUACAAAAGAGGAGGUUGUUGCACUUAAUACAGAGAGCCCUGAUCCGGAGUCAAGAACUGGGAGACGAGAAGAUUCAGAUUGUCAGCCAAAUGGUAGAACUUGUUGAGAACAGAACCAGGCAAGUUGACAGCCACGUAGAACUGUUUGAGACCUGCCAAGAGACCAAUGACACUACUGGAAACAGUGGCAAAACUAACCAAGAGAAGUCGAAGAACGAGACAAUCACUCAGGCCGAGAAGCCCAACAACAAACGGUCCCGGCGGCAAAGAAAUAACGAGAACCGAGAGAAUGCUUCUAAUAAUCACGACCACGAAGAUAUCACCUCAGGAACUCCUAAGGAGAAGAAAGCAAAAAAGUCCAAUAAAAAGAAGCGGUCCAAGGCCAAAGCAGAGAGGGAGGCUUCUCCAGCCGACCUCCCCAUUGAUCCUAAUGAGCCAACUUAUUGCCUGUGUAAUCAGGUCUCCUAUGGAGAAAUGAUAGGCUGUGAUAAUGAUGAGUGCCCAAUUGAAUGGUUUCACUUUUCGUGUGUGGGACUCAAUCAUAAACCAAAGGGCAAGUGGUACUGUCCCAAAUGCAGAGGAGAAAAUGAGAAAACAAUGGACAAAGCGCUGGAGAAAUCUAAAAAAGAAAGAGCCUACAACAGGUAGUUUCUAAAUCAGAGGAUAAUAAAGCAGUGAAAACAAAUAUUUAUUCUCUUUGUCUCACCUUUUGUGGAGGUGCCAGGAUUGUAAAAUGUAUAUUUUUUAAAGAGGUUACAAAUCAAAGCAUUCUUGUAAUAGGGAUGGUGACUGAGGAAAUGUUUGUUUUUUUCCUUUGAUACAGCUGUCAACAAGAAAACUGUUCUUUGGGCCCAAACAUACAGAUAGAUGAUAAAGAGUUGGCACGCAAAGUCUGGGUUCAUCUUUAUUAAAAACAUACUUCCACAAGUUGGUAAGACUGCCCAUGAAAAUGUAGAUAGUAAACAUGUAUUGGAUGGCAUUCCUUCUUUUUCUUUAAAUGGGAAUGCUGUUGCUCUUUCCAGAAAAUUGUUCUAUAGUCUGUUAAAUAAACUAGCAGUGCAUUGCAAACUUGUCCUAAACACAUCACUCAAAUCCAUUACAAGAGUGUAGUAUAUUUAUGCCCAUUGAUUUCACUGGGCUUAAGUGCACUUAACUCUUGAGUUGGACUAUGGCUGUUUACUUGGAAAUAAGUUCCAAUUUUUUUCAGUCAUAGCUACUUCUAAUAAAGUGGUUUAGGAUUGCAGCCUUACACCCAAUUUUAAACAACUUGCUGGGAACUGAGGACCAUUUAUUUCAAUGGGACUUGCUUCUAAGGGAUGUGUUUAGGAUCAGGGUGCUCAUUUCUUCUGGUGUCGAUCAAUGCAAUAGCAAAGAAGAAGUUACAGCAUGGGUCCUGUUACAUGUCAGACUCUAGUAGCUCAAUAACAAAUGUUUAAACUUACAAGUUACAAGCUUAUUUUUUAAAAAAAAUGUGCAAAAGGUUAAAUUUUACACAAUGUAUUUUAUAUACUGGCCAAAUACCACAAGGGCCUUUUUAAAAUGAUUUAGUAUAUUUUGUAUUUAACCAGGAAGUGGUUUAGUAAUGAAACUUAACAUAAAUCAAAGCUUUAUACUGUCACAGAUAAUAGUGUAGCAGUCUUUACUUUGUAUAAGUUGUAAAAAAUGUACAUUUUUCAAGUGGAGUUGCACUUAACUGUAUUAUAAUUGGAAAUGCAUCCACAUGACAUGGUGUAGCCAGUAUGCAUUUCUCUCUGUAUGUAUGAAAAUUGUACAGCUGUGAUAUUAAGGAAUAAAUUAAACAAGUUGGAUAGGCUUGUUCACUUGC